AUGCGUAAACUCGAAACAUCGCCUGCCGACUACAUAUGUCAUACGAUUAUUCUCUGGCAGAUUGAAAGGAAAGAUUGCAAGGUUAAUGCCACUGGAGAAUACUAUAUGGGCAGAAGAAAGGAGAAUAACCCAGCCAAUGACGCCAUCAGCAGCCUAACGAAACAAGUACAAGAAAUGUCAUCAAAGCUGAUCAUGAUGAUAAGAGAAAAAAAAAAUACCAGAAACCAGAGUUACCGACCCACCGGAUGCUUCAAUUGUGGAAGACAAGGAUAUAGAGCCUGUGAAUGCCUCAAGCUGCCAAGGAGAAUGCCACCACAACCAUACACCAUUAAUCGUCCUAAAAAGGGUGAAUUGAGUAAGGAACUUAUUGGAAGAAUUGAAGAGCGCACACAAUCAACACAACCAGUAGAAAUGGAGAUCACAGCGGAACCUGCAAAAGAGAAAGUUAAGAAUACCACGUCGCGAGUCAAGCGCCAGAGAGGACCAUCAGUAGUAGACCAAGCACCCCUAUACAACCACCUGGCACAAGUGUUAAAACGACCUAUCAUUACCCUCGUGAAAGUUGACUAUGUGGAAGACCAGCCUCAACGAACCUUAGCAGCUAGAUGUAAUGUGAAAAUAAGAAACAAACCAGUCGUAGCAGUAUUGAAUUCUGGAGCUGCAGUGAGCAUUAUGUCAAAGAAAUUGUUUACCAAGCUUGGAUUACAGAUUUCGGAACCAUCUAAUGCUGUUGUCAUCACCGCGAACAGAACACGGGAAAGAGCUCUAGGAAAAUUGAAGGACGUAGCACUACAACUAGGAAGAAUCACUGUACCAACAGACUUUCAAGUUAUAGAAUCCAAGGAGAAAAUGAUGCUAUUAGGAAUGAGUUGGUUUAAGAAGUUACGCGUACACCUAUAUUUCGAUGAACAAAAGUUGAUCAUUACUCACGAAGGAGAAAGCAUAAAGUUACCUAUUCAUCAAGAAAAAGAAGCUAAGAUAGAGGAACCGGAAGAGGAGGAGGAAGAGGAUUACGAGGAAAAUGACUAUUUCGACACAUAUGAGGAAGAAGAUCUAGAUGAAGUAGAAAGUUAUUUGACCGACGAUCAAGAGGACUUAUACCAACCCAUGGAUCGACGAGCAGAGCCCGGCAGUAUAUUUGACGAUGAUCGAAAAAGUUCCAACACCCGAAGAAACUGA